AUUAUAAAAGACCGAAUGACACGAUAACGCUUAUUACUCUGUGAAACCGCAAAAGUCGCGCGUGCUUGAGUCGCAUUUAGGGAAUCAAUUUUGAUUGUUCUAAAUUUCGGAUGACUUGUGAUAAAAAUAGUCAGUGAAAAUGAUACUUCUAAUUCGGUAAAUCAAAAUUGAAACCCCUGUAAAUUUUUCUGUAAUAGUGUUUUUUUUUGUGCGGAGUGUCAGUAUUUAGUGAGUAUUAUGAACUUUGACGACUAUGAAACCCUUCCGACCCAAAACUCCGUACACAUGACCGCCGGAGCAAUAGCGGUGAUGGAGCGCAUAAUGUACCCGCUCGACUCCGUAAAGACGCGGAUGCAGUCUUUACGGAGUGCAAACAACAGCUCCAUCUCCGAGACGUUCCGGCACAUGGUGAAGAAGGAAGGUCUGCUCAGGCCCGUGCGCGGCAUGUCCGCCGUGGUGCUGGGCGCGGGCCCGGCGCACGCCUGCUACUUCGCCACCUACGAGCACUGCAAGCACUCGCUGUCGCACCUCACGCGCCACCGGCACGACCACAUCACGCACGGUCUGUCGGGGUGCAUCGCCUCGCUCAUACACGACGCCGUCUCCAACCCCGCCGAGGUGGUGAAGCAGCGCAUGCAGAUGCUGAACUCGCCGUACCGCGGCGUGUGGGAGUGCGCGCGCCACGUGUUCCGCACGGAGGGCGCGCGCGCCUUCUACCGCUCGUACGGCACGCAGCUCGCCAUGAACGUGCCCUUCCAGGCGCUGCACUUCGUCACCUACGAGGCUGCUCAACCCGCGCGCGCCUACGACCCGCUGGCGCACGCGCUGUCGGGCGCGGCGGGCGGCGCGCUGGCGGCCGCCGCCACCACGCCGCUCGACGUGUGCAAGACCGUGCUCAACACGCAGGAGCGCGCGGCGCGGGCCAGCGGGCUGCGCGACGCGGCGGCGCACGUGCUGCGCGCCUCGGGCCCGCGCGGCUUCGGCAAGGGCGUGCAGGCGCGCGUGCUGUACCAGAUGCCGGCCGCCGCCAUCUGCUGGCUCACCUACGAGACCUUCAAGCACGCGCUGGCCGAGGAGAGCGCGCCGCCCGCGCCCUCCGCGCCGCUGGCCUGCGCCGCGCUGCGCCUGGCCGCCGCCGACGUGCCGGCCCGCUCCUAGGCCGCGCCCUAGGCCAUGGACUCGCUGACCGCACACAGUGAGAUGCUGUUCGAUUCUAGUGAGAUUAGAUUAGUGUGUACAUGUCCUAUUUUUUAUGUACGUUUGAUACGCACACGACCGCGGCGACCUCGCCGCACCAGUCACUGGAGUCGCUCGCCCGCGGUCCGGCGCGGAGCGCGGGCGGGCGGGCGAGCACGAGGUCGCGGCGGCUUUGUUUCCAUUGUUUUGUAAAUGAUUUGUUAUCGCAGUCCACGAUUGCAGCUAGUACUUGUUAUGUGAACACUCUCGGCUGUCGAUGCGACUGUUCAGGCUCAGGCGACAUCCUGACGGAUGUAAAACAUGUUGGAGGUGCUAUGUAUAAUGUAUAUUGUGAUGGAGGGAACGGUGUGCCGCUCAGCUCGUUGGGAUGCGUCGAAUUAUGUUGUUGUUUGUGUAAAUUACUAUUAUUAUUAAUUGUAUUUGUUGUAUUUAUGAGUUGUAUAUGUGAGUGAUAAACUCGAUUUAAAUUGAGAGUUAAAAACUAUUUGUAUAGAGUUAUGAGUUAACGCGGCGAGCGCGCGGCUUGGCCCGCCGCCCGCCGAGCUGUAAAAUUGCAAAUUGAAAAGAAUAUUAUAAAAUAAACAGUAAGUGAAUAAAAGUUGGACAAUA